GUUAAGGGGGUAGGAGCGGUGAGAGAGAGAGGGGGUUUGUGAUGGAAUGUGGUGAUGUUUAGUGGUAAAGUUUAGGAUUUUUCAAAUGAUAAAGCUUUUGGCUUUAGCAGUGAUUCUGACAAAAGUAAUGGGUAGCUCUCAUCAGGUUAUUUUAAUUUUUGUAAGAAAAUGUGGGGAAUCAAUGUGGUCUCCAUCAUCUCCCAUCUCCUUUCUCCUAUCUCUAUUCUUUUUGCAAAAACUCACCCAUUUUCUUUCUUCUCUUCAAUCAUGGCAGUUUGGUACUGCGUAGCUGUAAGGCUCCGACUCACCCUCCAUGCAAGAAACUUGUGAAGGAACCCUUAGGUUUUCGGGGUAUUGGAUUCUCACUAAUGUUUGCUUUACUCGGCCGACAUUCUCACUCCCACUUCAUCCAUCCUUGCUCGCGCGGGUGCUUCCAUCUAAGGCGGAACACUCUCCUACUGUUUCACUUUUACAUCCUACAGCUUCAGCAAAUCGAUUAGAGCUUUAAGGGAAUUCAAUAGCUCGUCCCUAAUUCAAAAACAAUCGAUUAAACGUCUUUAUAUUUUUGUAAAUCGAAUUAUUUAGUCCUUUUGUCAAACAUAAAUAUUCAAGGCAGCUAAUAGUUUCUUUAACAAAAAAAGGCAAGAUGGGAUGACAUGACAUAGCUCCCUUCUCCCUUAAGCUAAAAAAUUUAAAUUUCAAGUUUGGUUUUAUGAAAUAGAAGGACGUUUUAAUUGAAUGGUUUUGAAAUAGGGACAAAAUAGUGAAUUUCCUGAAAAUCUAGGGACUUGAUAGCAAUUCUCUCUUAUCUUUUAGAUCAUAAUUAGAGGGCGCGGUCGAUGAGUUAGGAACCUAACCUUGAAGGGUCUAAUCAAUAACCAAAUGAGGUUAAUGAAGGUAGGGUUAGGGAUAAGAAAACUGUUUUUCAAUCUCUUAAUGUAAUUCAGCACAUAAAGGUGACAACUUUUCAAAGCACCCCAAUAGGCCACUCUUUGUUUUUAUCUAUCCAGACAUGAAGGCCCAUGCUUUUGAUUUUUUUCAAGUAUGCUUCUUGAGACAAGGACCAGGACUCAUGGAAAUCCACAAAUGAGCAAGGACAUCUCUUAGAGAAAACAACUGCUGAAAGCUCGGUCUGCUAGCGCAUUUUGCACGAUCUAAACAAGUUUCAACAAAGAUCAGAACAGGACUAUGAGCGGUUUUAGUUCUGAAAGGUCAAAGCCCUGGAAUGUUUACACGAGUUCAGACCCUACCCCUUCGCAGACUGGAGUCUUCGACCGAGAAGCUCCAUGGAAAAGUUUUGGAACAUCAAUGAAUGCUAUUGCCUUUGGAUUUGUUGCAACAGCUAUAUUGAUAUCGAUGUUCCUUAUAAUGGCAAUCUUCGAACAUCUGUUUAAGCCAAACCCUUCGUUUUCUUCACCUCAAGACAUGAUCAACAGUUCCCUCGAAUCAGGACCAGUAGACAAACUUGGAAAUCCAGAAACAGUGGCAGCAACAUCAUACGCAUCUGAUUUUUCAGUAGUUAUGCCUGGACAGAACUAUCCGACAUUCAUUGCUCAACCAGCUCCUCUUCCAUGUACAAGGGAAGGGAUAUACUGGCCUUCCCAUGAACAUAAAAAGCUUGUAGUUCCUUAGUUAAAUGCUAUAUAAAUAUAUAUAUACACUUGCAUUUUGGUGUAGAAGGUUGCUGUUUAUAGUAUAAUAUACAGAACAGGAUGGCUCACCACUUCUUCACUCA